AUGACGGAUACUCAUAUCUGCUUGAAGCUUGUUGGCGAUUCAGGCCCUCAGGAAGAAUGCCUGAGAAUCAUGACUGAGGCUUCCAAAAGGCCGACCUGCCUGAGCCAAAGCAUAGGAAAAGACUUUAUCACCUCUUUCAUGGAAAAUUAUGGGACACAGGCCCCCCAUUUAGAGGUUCAAAUUACAGGCAUCCAUGACCAGACGACAGUCACUGUUUCUGUGCCGUGCAACGUUUGUGGGACCGAAUUCAAGAAGACCGUUACUGUGUAUAAAGGAAAGCUGGAGUCUAUUGUCCUCCCGCCGUCUAUCGAAAUUAAAGGUAGCAAAGUGUUCCCCAACGUGGUUCGCAUCUCUGCAGACAAAGACAUCUCGGUGGUCUCUUUCAACUCCAAGCCUCUGACUACUGAAAUUUCGCAACUCUUUCCUAGGAGCGCUUCAGGAACUGAGUAUUAUGUGGUCACCCCAACCGGAGGUCCCAGCGGGGCUUUCCCAGAGUUCGCGGUCUUGUCUUACGAAGGGUCUAAUGUGGUCGUCAUCCAUUUGACAGCCCAGGUGGUCCUCAACGGACAAACAUACGCUGCUGGAAGUAAACUUACAGUAACACUGCAAGCUUUUCAGGGAAUCCAGUUGCAAGCAGCAGAGGAUCUUUCCGGCACCAGAAUUGUCUCCCAGACACCCGUGGUAGUCCUAGCGGGUCAUGUCUGUUCAUGGAAAUACACCAAAUGUAACCAUGUCUUUGAGCAGCUCCAAUCAGUGAAGGAAUGGAGGAAGAAUUACAUAGUCCCACCAAUGCCUUGGCAGACGAAGAGUGACAUCGCGUUCAUUUCAGCCUCCCAAACCACAGCGGUAGAAUACCAAAUGGGUGCACAAAAGCAGGCCGUCAGGCUGAAUGGCGGGCAAGUUCUGCCGAUUAGUCUGUUGCCCAAAACAGCAUUAUACGUACAAGCCGAUGUGCCCUUUCAGGUAUUUUUCUACAGCACAGGUGCUACAUACCAAACCUUUUUGUACGACACUUUUUUGAUAGGGAUUCCAGAUACCAGCACCUACAGCCAGACAUACAGUGUGGUUGGGCAGGCUAAUUUUCAGAACUUUGCCAUUCUGGUGGUGGAGUCUCUUCAGAUCAAUGGGCUCCUAGUGGGAGGCCAGCCCCUACCUAAAUUGGAAUGGAAUCCGAUUCCCGGCACAGUUUUCUCUUGGGCCUUGUAUCAGUUGCAGUUGGCACUUCUCCCCUACAAAGUGGAACAUCCAAAUUCGGCAUUUGGCCUCCUCAUUGUGGGCGUGGCAAACCAGAACAGCUACGGGACUAUUGGCUCUAGUUGGCAAGGUCCUCUCGGUUGCAGCAACGUCCUGUGUCAAAAAGGCCUUGAAUGCAAGAUGAUCAACGGUGAACCACACUGCGUGCCAACUUCGAACGGUACCUGCUGGAUAUGGGGCGACCCUCACUACAAUACAUUUGAUAAGCAUAAGUUUGAUUUCCAAGGGACCUGCACCUAUACAAUCGCCAAGACAUGUGGCAUUAACUUCGGACUCCCGUCUUUCCACGUCUAUGCUAAGAAUGAAAACAGAGGAAGUAAACGGGUCUCCUAUAUCGGGAUGGUGACCGUUGAGGUUUAUGAAUACACUAUCACCAUAACCAGAUCGGAAUAUGGUUUUGUGAAGAUAAAUGGCAUUCGGGCACAACUCCCCAUCUGCCUAAAUGAUGGUUCUCUCCAGAUCUUCCAAAGUGGAGGUUCUGCCAUAGUGGUCACUAAAUUUCAUCUCCGAGUGUCUUAUGACUGGAAUCAGCAACUCCGUCUCACCAUCAGCAGUGAUUUUCAGGGAAGUCUUUGUGGCCUUUGCGGAAACUAUAAUGAAGAUCCUGGAGAUGACUUCCAAACACCAGCAGGAACAAAGGCCCCAGAUGCCAAUGCCUUUGGCAAGAGUUGGAAGGUGGAUGUUGGUGACCAAGACACAUGUUGGGAUGAUUGCCAUGGGCCUUGCGUGCCUUGCCAAGCUGACCAGGCCCAGAUAUACCAGUCUGAGCAAUAUUGCGGUCUAAUAAUCAAGGCUUCUGGUGGUCCUUUCUCUCCUUGCCAUUCUAAAGUGGACCCCAAGUUCUACUUUGAAGGUUGUGUUUACGAUGUUUGCGCCAAUCAAGGACACAAACAAUCUGUAUGUGAUGCCCUGGAGUCCUAUGCAGAUGCCUGCCAGAAACAUGGGGUCGAGAUUGGUGAAUGGAGAAAAUUGGCCGGAUGCUUACCCGAGUGCCCUUCCAACAGUCAGUACCAGCAGUGUGGAACAGCCUGCCCAGCCACCUGCCUGGAUGACCAAACUCAACAGCAACUCCUCUGCCCAGCGGUGUGCGUAGAAGGUUGUCAUUGCCUCCCAGGUUUCGUGCUGAGCCAGGGCAAGUGCAUCCCUAAGAGCAGUUGUGGAUGUCGGCAUGAAGGCUACCUCUAUGCCCCCAAUGAGGCUUUCUGGGCCGACGAUAAGUGCACAAAGAGAUGCGUAUGCAACCCAGCCACGAAUCAGAUUGAGUGCACCCAACAAGCUUGCAAAUCCUCAGAAAAAUGCCUGGUUAUAAAAGGGGUGAGGGACUGCUACCCGAUCGACUUCGUUAGCUGCAAAAUUCACGGCGAUCCCCACUAUAUUUCCUUCGACAACUAUAAAUUUGAUUUCCAAGGACCCUGCGCCUAUGUCCUCACUGAAGUGUGUGAAAAACCUAUGGAUCUGAACUGGUUUGGUGUCUACGUCCAAAAUGAGUAUCGGGGAAACCGUGCUGUCUCCUGGACCCGGAGCGUACAAAUCAAUGUCUACGGUACUGAGAUCAUAAUCAGUAGGCAAUAUCCUGGGAAAGUCUUGGUUGGUGGUAUAUUGACCUGCCUGCCUUAUAAUGCUGUUGGAAACAGAGUCAAGAUAUAUCGGAAAGGCCCGAGCGCUGUGGUCAAAACUGACUUUGGCCUCACAGUCAGCUUUAAUUGGGACCACCAACUUACGGUCACCGUACCCGGCACAUAUAGAAAUACGCUCUGUGGCCUUUGUGGGAAUUUCAACAACAAACCUGCGGAUGACGCUCUUAUUCCCGGGGGCAUCCUUGUUCCCAAAAUCCCCGUGUUUGGUGCUAAGGGCACCAAAGCGUAUGACCCAAGCUGCAAACAGGUUGUAGAUCCCGCCUGCCCAGGGGUUGACGUCUUAGCAAAACAGCAGCGGGCUUCAGGACGGGACUGUGGUCUCAUCGUCGCCGUCAACGGGCCUUUCAGAGAAUGCCACGGCCAUGUGGAUCAAGAAGCCGCCUUCCAGGACUGCAUCUACGACUCCUGCUUCCUCAAGGGACGCUACGCCUUUGUCUGUGCAGCCGUCGCUAAUUACGCAUCAGCCUGCCAAGCUGCUGGCAUCACCAUAUACCCCUGGAGAACUCCAAUUUUUUGCCCCCCGCGUUGUGCUGCCAACAGUCACUAUGAACUUUGUGCUAAGCAAUGUGACCAGGCAUGUAGCAGCCUUUAUUUCCCAGCUCCUUGCCCCACCCGAUGUCAAGAGAAUUGUGUCUGCAAUGAUGACUUUGUUCGGAGUAAUGAUGCGUGUGUACCGCUGGCGAAGUGUGGCUGCUUCCAUCAAGGGCGCUACUAUCCGGUCUCUGAAGUGUUCUAUCCAACUUGCCAAGAACGUUGCGUCUGCCAGGCUGGUGGCAAGGUGGUAUGUGAAGUAACCCCCUGUGGUCCCAAUGAAAUAUGCCAACUACAAGAUGGACACCAGAAAUGCUACCCCACUGGAAGUGCCACCUGUUCUCUUGAUGGAGAUCUCUACCUGACUUUUGAUGGGCUGCCCUUUGACUUCCAAGGCACCUGCUCCUACAUCCUAAGCAAGUUGACCUUCCUAACCAAGAGUGUGAAUCUGCAUCCAUUUACUAUAGUGGUACAGAACCAGGCCUUGGGGAAUGGAAACCUUGCAGUGCCCAAAGUGGUCACAGUGGAGAUGUUGGACUUUGUGCUUUCUCUGUUGCAAGACAAGUGGGGAUACGCCCAGGUAAAUGGUAUACUCCAUCGCCUCCCCGUAAGCCUUUUGGAUGGAAAGCUCCGAAUCUAUCAACAUGGCUUUUAUCAGAGGAUUGAGGCUUUCUUUGGUGUUACGGUGUCCUUUGAUCUCUCCUCCAACGUGAGAGUCACUGUCCCCAACAACUACCAGGGUCAUCUGGGUGGCUUAUGUGGAAACUACAAUGGACAGCCGAAAGAUGAUCUUCAACUACCAGAUGGCACGGUGGUCUCGGACGUGGUUGUGUUCGCUGCUGCCUGGAAAAUCCAGACCCCUGGCAUCUCCUGCACUGAUGGGUGCUCUGGGAAUAAUUGCCCAGUUUGCACGGAGGCAAAGAAAGAGUUUUUUAAGCAACGCUCCUUCUGUGGGAUCCUCACAGCCUCCGAUGGGCCUUUCAGCUCCUGCCAUGGUGUUGUAGAUCCCACUCCCUAUCUCAACCAUUGUGUCCUUGAUUUGUGCAUCGGCGGUGGGGACAGACAAAUCUUGUGUCAUAGCAUCCAGGGCUACGUGGCAGCCUGCCAAGAAGCCAAGGUCACCAUCCAGCCUUGGAGGACCCCAGAUUUCUGUCCAAUAACCUGUCCAGCCAAUAGCCAUUACACCCUCUGUUCUAAUAUCUGUGAAGUCACCUGUGCUGGGCUUACGGAUAACCUUCAGUGCCCGGAGACCUGUGUUGAAGGUUGUCAAUGUGAUGAUGGCUUCUUCUCAGAUGGCCUCAAAUGCAUCUCCAUGGAUGAGUGUGGCUGCUUUGAAGACAAUACAUACUAUCCGCCUAAUGUGCCAAUCUUGCAAAACAGUUGCAAGGAGAAAUGUGUCUGCAGUCCAGCCGGAGGAUUCUUCUGUGAAGAACACGCUUGUGCAGCCAAUGAAGCCUGCGUGGUGAAAAAUGGGAUUAUGCAGUGCCAGAACAUAGAUCCUUGCAAAGUUAAGCUUUGCCGUCCCAAGGAGACGUGUCAGGUCAAGGAUGGACAGGCUGUUUGUGUCCCAGACUACACAGGACACUGUUGGUGCUGGGGGGACCCACAUUGUCAUACCUUUGAUGGCUACAGCUAUGACUUCCAAGGCACUUGUUCCUAUGUGCUCGUUCAGUCGACAGGCAUCGAUCAAAGUCUUGUACCCUUCUCAGUGGUGAUAAAGAAUGAAAACCGAGGCGGUAACCAGGCUGUCUCCUAUGUGAAACUUGUUACCAUACAUGUGUAUGAACAAGAAAUCAGCAUCCAUAAACAAGAAAAUGGCAGAGUCCGGGUUAAUGGUGCGACCUUCAACCUGCCCAUAACUCUUAUGGGAGGUCAAAUCCGGAUCUUCUCAAGUGGCAACUUUGCCAACGUGCAGCUCAACUUUGGUCUACUGAUUACCUAUGACUGGAAUUGGCAAGUAGACGCCCGCCUGUCUAGUAGCUAUUAUGGAAACACCGGGGGACUUUGCGGUAACUUCAAUCAGCUGCCAGGGGAUGAGUUGAGAAGCCCAGAGGGUUUCCUGUUGCCCAAUGUGAUCAUCUGGGCUACUUCCUGGAAAGUGGAAGAUGGAGAUCCCCUUUGUUUCCACGAGUGCAGUGGAAAAUGUCCUACAUGUGAUCCACAACAGCUGGCAACAUACAAAACAGAUAAACAUUGUGGGAUAGUCUCUGUCUCAAAUGGACCCUUCCAGGAUUGCCAUGCGGUUGUAGAUCCUAACAUUAUCCUAAACAACUGUGCUUUGGAUGUUUGUAUGAACGGAGGAGACCAUGGCAUUCUGUGCCAAGCUGUGAACUCCUACGCUCAAGCUUGCCAUCAGAAAGGACGCCAAGUUGGUGACUGGAGAACCCCCAUCAAUUGCCCGCUCCCUUGUCCUGAAAAUAGCCACUUUGUGCAAUGUGGAAGUAGAUGUCCAGCGACAUGUGCCUCCCGCAACACGCCCGUGCCUUGCACACUGGAAUGUGUGGAAACCUGCCAGUGUAAUGACGGCUACGUCCUUAGCACCGACAAAUGUGUGCCCAUUGAAAGCUGCGGUUGCUUGCACAAUGGCGUCUACUACAACCCCGAUGAAGAAUUCUUGAACAAGGACUGCACUUUGCGCUGCAAAUGUGAUUCCAGGUUUGGGGCUGUGGUGUGCACCCUAGCUUCCUGCAAAACUGGAGAGCAGUGCAAACUGGUCAACGGAAUCCGGGGGUGCUACCCUAGCACCUCCACCUGCAUCUCUGCAGGAAACUAUGAAUACAUCACCUUUGAUGGGCACAGCUAUAGGUUUGAGGGCCGUUGCAUCUACCAACUGUCUAAAGUCUGCCUUCCCAGGCCUGAUCUCAUACCGUUUGACCUCUCGGCUCAAAACAACCUAGCUCCUGAAGGCCGUGCGGUUAUAUUAAAAGUGUACGGAAAGACCAUUACUGUCCGUACCGACCAGGUGCAGGUGGAUGGCAACCCAGUAAGUCUGCCUUUCAACUUCGAGGAGAAAAUUAAGGUUAAUUUUGACGGGCACCAUUUUGUCCUUGAGACACAUUUUGGCCUGGUGGUCAAACUCGUCAAAGAAAACCUCGACAUUCAAACAACCGUGCCCUCAAACUUUGCAGGACAUCUGUGCGGGCUGUGCGGAAACGCCAAUGGAAACCUUGCCGAUGAGACGAUGCAAGAAUACGGGGAAAACUGGUUUGUAGGCUGCUCUCCAGGCUGUUCCCCAAAAUGUCCUCCCUGCUCUGCCGCUGAAUUAGAAAGCUAUCAACAAGAUUCGUUCUGUGGGUUGUUGAGCCGACUGGAUGGGCCCUUCGCUUCCUGCCAUGGGGUCAUUCCAGUUGCACCUUUCUUUGAUGAGUGUAUCAAAAAGACCUGUGAAGUUCGGGGACAGAAGAACGUUUGGUGUGACGUUAUUGCCGCUUACGUAGCAGCCUGUCAAGCCAGAAGUAUCCCUUUACAGAAUUGGAGGACGGAUAUCUUCUGCCCUCAACCCUGCCCAGUGAACUCUCAUUAUGAACUCUGUGGGACCCGUUGUGCUGCUACCUGUGAAAACCCCCAGCUCCCCCUUAUGUGCAAGGCGCCUUGCGGUGAAGGUUGCAUCUGUAACCCGGGAUUCAUCUUGAACGGGAACCUGUGCGUACCGCUCCAGGAAUGCGUCUGUGAAUUCGAGGGCAAAUACUACAAGAAAGGCGAGGAAUUCUUCUCCAAUAUUUUCUGCCGGAAACGCUGCCGAUGCAUGGAAGAUGGAACGAUUCAGUGUCACGACUUCUGCUCUGAUGAGGACGCCUGCAAAGUGGUCAGUGACGUCUCAGUUUGUUUCCCCAGGGAACCGGGCACCUGCUAUGCACUGGACGGUUGGAAUUAUGUCACCUUUGAUGGCGUGCAAUAUUCACUGCCGGCUCUUUGCUCAUACGUCCUUGUCCAAAGUAACGAGAAGCACAAGUUCUCUGUUAUCCUCUCAGCUGGACACACUGGCAUCGAGGAAGUCAAGAUUCAGGUUUCUGACUACCAGGUCAUUCUUCAAAGAGACAAGGACUGGGAAAUUUUGGUCAACGGAGAGCGUCUUCGCUUGCCAGCUAACUUUGGAGACGUCUCGGCGAGACAAGAGGGAAAAAUUGUACUCAUUCGUAACAAUUUGGGCCUGCGGAUUUAUUAUGACCACGGUGAUUGGGUGGCAGUAUCUGUAGCUGGUAUCUACCAGGGCAUCUUGAGGGGGCUUUGUGGCAACUUCAACAAGGACAAGAAUGAUGAAUUCUUCUUGCCUGAUGGGAGGCCAGCCCAAGAUUUAAUCGAAUUUGCAAACUUUUGGAAAAUUGAAGGUGGCAAAUGCUUGGAAACCUGCAGGGAUAAAUGCUCUGUUUGUGAUGGAAAUAUGGAAGCAACAUUCCAAGGCAAAGAAUACUGUGGGUUGAUCCAAACUGUUCCAGGUCCAUUCAGUAAAUGUCAUGCCAUCGUUAACCCAGAUCACUUCUUCAAGUUCUGCGUGGCCAGGCUGUGUGCCAGUUAUGGAGCGAUAGAAUCCCUCUGCCAAAAUCUUCAGGCCUAUGCAACGGCUUGUCAGCUGGCUGGUGCCACCAUUGAUGUGUGGAGACCAUUUACCCGUUGCGCUCCUCUGAACUGCCUGCCUGGGACCCAUUAUGAGCCUUGCGCUCGGAACUGCCAGGGGACCUGUGCAAAAAAUCUCGUGUGUGUGGAUCCGUGCGUCGAAGGCUGCGUGUGCAACACGGGAACAUGGGCAAACGGAGGGGCCUGUGUGACUGCACAACAGUGUGGGUGCUGGUAUGAAGGGAGACUCACCCAGCAAGGGGAGAGCUGGAUCUCUCCGGAUUGUAAGAUGAAAUGUACAUGCAAUGGCCCCGACGAGCUGUCCUGCCUUCUCUACGGCUGUGGAACUGGUGAAGCUUGUGGAGUGAGAGACGGGGUACGGGGUUGCUUCCCCACUGAAGGCCGCUGCGUAAUGAUACCAGGUCAACAUUUCUCUUCCUUCGAUGGCCUUUCUGGAGAUGUGGUUGCUCCUGGAGCCUACCAGUUGGUCUCCCUUUGCGACACCCUCUCUGGCGAUUGGUUCCGCCUGAUAGCUAGAGUCACCUCGUGCCUGCCUCUCCAAACGACGACUGUCACCUUGUACCUCUUCUUAAAAAAUUCGUUGAUUGCGGUGAAUGACCAGAAAGAAGUCUGGGUGAAUGGACUGCCGGUGAGAAUCCCAGCCGAGAUCACAAACGUAGUGAAGUUUGACUUGACCGGUGAUGUGAUUGUCCUGCAGAUACCUCAGGUUCAAAUAACAUUUGGCCCAAAUCACAGAAUAGCCGUGUCUGUCAGCCCAGCUUUGGCAGGGAAAUUGUGCGGAGCGUGUGGAAACUUCAACUACACCCCAGCGGAUGACUUGAAGGGACCAGGCGGAGUGGAUGUCGGCAACAUUCCGGAACUCUUGUUGUCUUGGACGGCCAGAGAUUUCGCUCCUCUGUGUGCCUAGGGAUAAGAUUGAACCGGCUGAUCUGAUGAUGCUAAUGGGAUAGUGGAUUGAAAUCAAGAAGGAAGUUCUUCGGCAAGCCUCACCAUCAAAGGACGUUGACGUGGGAAACAGAAAUUUCCGGAGGUCUGAUUUUCCAUAGGAAUUGCUCCAAUGAAGCUAAGCAACACGGAAUUUAAAACUCUGUAAAAGUAGAUUCAUCUUAAUUAAAAAUUGAUUCGUUGUUUGAGGACCCCUUGCCAUCAUAAUUUAGUUUAGUGUGAUCCUGUGGAAGGGAGCACGAAGAGGAUAACAAGGCUUGUAUUUUGUGGAGAAGGAUUGAAAAAAGGCUCAUCUGAUUAUCAUAACAAAAGGAAUAAGGGGGAACAGGGAAACUGGGGUGCUGUUUUCAAGGCCAAAUCUAACUACCUCAUUGCCCAUAUAGAUUUGGGUGCUUUUUCUAUCUGCAUGCUUAAUGAUUGUCAAUACACCUUUUCCAUCUCUUUUCUCAAUCUAUCAUCUUUCUUGCUAUAUCUCAGUCAGUUUGGCCGGGAGCCCAGAAAUCACUGUUAUAGGGUAUUUUAAUAAAGAA